AUGUCCCAAACUGGGUCACAAGGAAACUACCCGCGCCACCAGGCCAGUGGACUUUACAUCCCUUGCACAAAGCCGGGGUGUAACCGUUGGUUCAAGAACCGAUCAGGGUAUAUGCAGCAUGUGAAUGCGAAGCACCCCGUGUUCUUACGUCCACAUGCAGUGACUCAGGCUUCUGUCCCUCAUUCACCAAGUCCUGCAUUGUCCUUUGAUUUGGAUUUUGGUGAUGCCAACAACACGGACUUGGGACCGGAAGAUCCCUUGCAACCAACCACUCGAUUUGUUGGGCCUGACAACCAGUUGUAUAGAAAUUAUUAUCCACUUCUGUCUGCUCGCCCCUGUGAUCGUGAAGACAAGGCGUCAGAUGACUGGACACCUUACAAGAGUCGGGUAGAGUUUGAGCUCGCCGACUACCUAUUUACGGAAAAUCAGACCCCCAUGCAUUCAAUCGACCAGCUGUUAAAUAUAUGGGCAGCUUCAUUGAUUGAAGGGGGUAGCAAAACAACUUUGUUUCCCGACCACCGUGCACUUUACAAGACCAUCGACGAUACACCCCUCGGAGACAUUAAAUGGCAGUCGUUUUCAAUUCUGGAACAAGGUGUCACACCCUGGAUGACAGAUAGCUAUGAUGUUUGGUUUCAUGAUCCACGCAACGUUGUUAACAAUAUGCUUUCUAAUCUGGACUAUACUAUGGAAAUCGAUCUCCAACCUUACCAUGAGUACACAACCGAAAAUGACAAAUGCCAAUGGCAGGACUCCAUGUCUGGAGAUUGGGCUUGGUCUCAAGCAGAUAAGAUUUCCGAGGAUCCAGAUACUCAUGGCUCAAUGUUCAUGCCUGUCAUUCUCAGGAGUGACAAAACCACUGUUUCGGUUGCAACUGGGCAAAAUGAUUACUACCUCUCUACACAUCUAUUGGGAAUGUCCAGAAUACUGUUCGCCGUGCACACCGCAAUGCUGUUGCUGUGGUGGGAUUUCUUGCAAUGCCAAAAACCAGGCAUGACAAAGCCUGAAAUUGUUCGUUUUGGGGAUGGCCACUAUCGCCGUGUCAUAUAUGGACUCGGGCCAUAUAUUGCAUGCAUAGUUCGGAACUGGUGUCUUGCCCAUAGCGAUGACCUCGAUGAGAUUAGUCUCCUUUGUUCAAGAACUCAUGCAGAUGCACUCAUCGAAGAGUGCGAUUUUGAUACACUGUGGAAAGAGUAUGGUCUCAUUAACGUGCUUGUGCCAUUUAUGAAUGACUUUCCCCGCACCAACAUCCACGAACUCCUCGCACCUGAUCUUCUUCACCAGAUUAUCAAGGGGGCAUAUAAGGACCACUUAGUUACAUGGGUAGAGAAAUACCUACUGCGCACACAUGGAAAGAUGCAGGCUAACAUAAUUUUAGAUGAUAUUGACCAAAGAAUUGCAGCAGUUCCUCCAUUCCCUAGACUUCAUAGAUUUCCUCAAGGAUGUCACUUCAAACAGUGGACUGGCGACGAUUCAAAGGCCCUUAUGAAGGUAUAUUUGCCGGCCAUUGAAGGUCACGUCCCCUUGGAUGUUGUGCAUGCAUUCCAUGCCUUCCUCAAAUUCUGUUACCUUGUCCGCCGCAAUGUGAUCACAGAGAAGUUGCUCGAUGAAAUUCAAGAUGCCCUUACCCAUUUUCACCACUAUCGGGAGAUUUUCAAGACUACCGGAACAGUCUUAACUUUUUCACUUCCCCGACAAUACACCAUGUCUCACUACAUCUAUCUUAUCCGACUCUUUGGCGCUCCGAACAGCCUCUGCUCCUCUAUUACGGAGUCAAAGCAUAUAAAGGCCGUCAAGGAGCCUUGGAGAUGGUCCAGCCAAUAUAAGGCUCUGGGUCAGAUGUUACUGACCAAUCAGCGUCUUGACAAGUUGGUGGCGUCAUGCAUGGAUUUCCGCACUUGCGGGAUGCUCUCGGGUACAUGUCUAUCAUCCGUUCUUGCGGCACUUGAACCAUCAGAUAGACAGUGUGCACAGCCUGCACAAACCAAUGUGGAAGAGCAGACCAAUGCAGAUCAACAUGACCCUGAGCUGCUGGAGUGGGCUCUGCUAAAUGCGUGGGCUGGACUCUACAAUGAAGUGAUGCGUGCUACUGCUGCCGGAACUCUACCUAACGCCCUGCCUGCGCUCCAAACACCACCAAACAACCUCUAUGACCUAAACCCUCCCUAG